AUGUCCGCCCACCGCUCCUCUUCCCCCUCCUCCGUCGAUACCAUGGUCAUCGAGGACCCAGAAAAGGCCCCUGCUAGUCCCAUACCACCCAGAAAUUAUAUGGGAAGCGGCACCGCCGAGGACCCAUACGUCGUCGACUGGGACCUCAACGACCCAGAAGACCCUUACAACUGGCCUAGCGUUCAAAGAUGGUUUAUCACCGCACAGUUGGCGCUGAGCACUUUUACUGUCUCCUUCAGCAGCUCUUCCUACACAGGUGGGAUCGAGUACACCAUGGCCGACCUGGGUAUCUCCUACAACGUCGCCAUACUCGGCAUCUCCCUCUACGUCCUAGGCUUUGCUCUGGGCCCAUUAGUCUUCGCAUCCAUGGGCGAGAUGUUCGGAAGGCGCGUGGUGUUCCUUGUGACCGCCUCUCUGUACGCCGCGUUCCAGCUGCAAGGCGCCCUCGCGCCAAAUCUAGCCAGCCUCCUGUCAUGUCGCCUCUUGACCGGCAUCUUUGGCGCUUCGCCGCUUACCAACGCCGGCGGGACCGUGGGCGAUAUAUGGAGCUUUCGCGAGCGCGGCCUCGCGUCGGCCAUCUACGCCACGGUGCCCUUCCUUGGACCAGUCAUCGGCCCAAUCGUCGGCGGGUUCGUAGCACAGAACCCCAAGCUCGGCUGGCACUUCAACUUCUGGCUCAUGUUCAUCUUCUCUGGGCUCACGCUCCUCACGGGCUACUUCCUCACCCCCGAAACGUACGCCCCCGUCCUUCUCCGGCGGCGCGCGCAAAAGCUGCAGAAGGCGUCCAACGGGACAAUCCAAUACAUCUCGCGACACGACCUCAACUCGCCCAAGUCGUUCGCGCAGGUGAUGCGGACCAACCUCAGCAGGCCCUUCCUCUUCCUCGUAACAGAGCCCAUCGUCCUCCUGCUCGCGAUCUACGUCUCGAUAGUGUAUGGCAUCCUCUACGCGCUCUUCUCCGGCUUUCCCAUCGUGUUCCAGCAGCACCGGCACUUCUCGCCGGGCGAGGGCGGCCUGGCGUUCCUCGGCAUUGGUAUCGGGAUCACCAUUGGCACCGCGUCCCAGUCGAUCCAGAACAGAAUAUACUGGCGCACGAUGGACAGGAGCGAGAAUGGGCGUGCGCCGCCCGAGGCCCGCUUGCACAUGGCUAUUUUAGGCGCCGUGUUAACUCCCAUCGGGCUCUGGUGGUUCGCCUGGACGUCCCGUCCGUCAAUCCACUGGAGCGUGCCCAUCCUCGCAGGUCUUCCUUUCGGGACAGGCAUCUCCCAGAUCUUGCAGAGCCUGACGACCUACCUGAUGGACACGUACAACGUCUACUUCGCGAGCGCGAUCGCUGCGACGGUCGUCCUGCGCUCGCUGUGCGGCGCGGUGUUCCCCUUGUUUAGCCCGGCGAUGUUCAACGCCCUCGGGGACGAGUGGGCGAUGAGCGUCUUCGCGGGCCUGGCGACGGCGUGUAUGCCGAUACCGCUGCUCUUCUGGAAGUACGGCUGGUGGGUACGCAGUCGGUCCAACUUUGCGUACAAGGACUCGAACUCCCUGCCGGGGGCGUCAGGGCGCAGCACGGCCACGGCGGUGUCGCUCCAGAUGGAUGACACCAUCGUCGUCGUCGAGCGCGACGUCACGACACCAACGAGCGACACCAGCAGCACAGAGGAAAAGUGCAAGUGCAUGUGUGAGAUCUUCGGCAUGCACCCCAAGACCCUCACGGUGGAGAGCGUCAACCCCGCGGGCUCUUCAUAG